ACUCGGGUUGUAACAGCUACAACCUAGGAUCAACAACUCAUACGGUUCAACGGUCACCUACGUACAGACUUGGAGUUGCUGGCAUAGUAGCUGCCUACAUGCCUAGCCAGUUACAACUUCUACAGAGAGGGGUUGGGGUACGGUGGCCUACCCUGCCUAAUGCUGCCUACUGCUGCCUCCAAUUAGUGCUUCUGCCUAUGCAUACAGUCACUUCCUACGUAGUAUAUAGUUUGGCCUUCGGGCCCCCGAAAUAAGACAGAGUUCACAUCAAUUUUCAACCUGAGU